AUGGGACGACGACGACGACGCGCCGACGUCGUCGUCGCGCUCGUCGCCGCGCUCGCGCGAGGCGCGACCGCGCGCGAGUAUCCCGCGACGAUCGGCGCGCGCGACGCCGGCGCGGCGACGUCGAGCGCGCGCGCGCGCGACGACGCGCGCGCGACGUGCGAAAACGCGCACGUCGACGCGCGGCGCGUCGUGGACGAUCGAGGGCGCGCGUGCGCGUGGUACGAGGUGGACUCCGUCACCGGGUGCUGCUCGACGACGACGACGGCGGCGCGGUACGCGUGCGACGGGUGCGACGAGAGCGCGCGGUGCUGUCGAGAUUACGAGACGUGCGCGGCGUGUUGUCAAGGACCGACGCACGACGUGGAAGCGGCGAUGAAGCGACACGCGCGAGGGAGGAAUCAAAUCGCGACGGGUUUUUUCGAAGACGCGUUCGAGUACUGCAAGAGUCGGUGUCGAACGCAGCCGAGCGUGACGUUUCACGAGAACACGUACGCGUACGACACGGCGUAUUGUUACGGCGACUAUCCGGUGAACGAGGACCCAGUGCCGGCGAAGGGUAAGAAGACGUUCGCGGGUGACAGCGCGGACGAGUCGUAG